CAAUGUAAGGUUUGCAAGCUAACUUUCCACCUUUUCCAUCUUCUCCAUCUUUGAAUCUCUGCGAAUCAGAGAAUUUCCAACAAUCCCAGGAACCCGAGAUGCUGAGAAGUGAGCAAGAUGUGCCCCAAAAGCGGCUCCAAAUCAAGGAAGAUGACAAGUUCUUCAGCAGGCUGUUGUCCAAGGAGAGCUCCAUGGCCAACCCUUCCUCGAGAGUCUACUAUGGAGGAGUGACUGGUGCAGUGCCAUUUACUUGGGAGUCUCAACCUGGAACCCCUAAAUACACAUUCAGUGAGUCUUCUCUUCCUCCUCUCACUCCUCCACCUUCCUACUACUCCAAUUCCAUGGACAAGAAGCCCAACAAAAAGCACUCAAGAUCCAAUCUCUUGCACUCCAUAUUCCCAAGGAUGAACCACAACAACAAUAAUCCUAAGAAACCGAAUGUUCUAUCAUCACCCUCCUUGUCAUCGUCCUGUUCGUCAUGGUCUUCGCCGCGCUCAUCAUCCAUGUCUGGUUCAUUGACUCCAAACUUUCUCAGGCGGAGGCGGUGUUGUAGCUCAAGAUCAUCGUUUGAUUCCGGAGCUGAUUAUGAAGAGGAGGCCGUUUCGCCUACUUCAACCUUGUGCUUUCGCAUGGGUAGCGGGCUGAGAGGGCGCUGCUCGGUUGUGGUUAUGAAGAAGGCUUUCUUGUCCAUGGUCGGCCAUGGAUCUGGCCAAGGUACCGCCUAAGUUAGCUAGAAAGAUUCUCCAUUUCUUGUUUAAACACUUGUUUUCUCUCUGAGUGGGGUCUCAUUUCUUUUAUGGUAGUGAGUUUUCUACCAAAAAAAAAAAAAAAAAAAACCAAAAAAAAAUGCAUGCUGGUUAUAGCUGUUGUUGAUCUGAAAAAGAAAAGAAAAUAAAAAAUAAUUCUGUUUUUAGAAUGAAUGUAAA